AUGCCAUUUAGUCCGUACGCCGACCGAUCGAACGCCAGCGCAGCAACAACGCACAUCCAGGGACCCAGCUUGAUGUCGUUCAUCUGGGACGUCGCAUUCAUCGCCAUCGUCAUCGUCCUCGUCAAGGAAGCCGUCCGCAAGAUGACAAGCCCAAAAGACCCCGGCUUCGUCAUGGGCACCAAGUCAAGCACAAGCCCCCAGGCCACCACCGCUUGGGGCUCCUACUGCACGUCUUCUCCCCCCCACAAGGAUCUCGCGCGCUUCUUCUACAAGGGCUCCCAUGAGCAGUUCAUCGGCAUCAGCCGCGCCGCCUUCCUUCGGUUCCGCAAGAGGCAACAGGUCAGGGAGUACUACCAGCGUAGCGCCGUCGAGGCCAGCUUUGCGCGUCUCCUGCAGCCGGCGUCCUGGGGCCGAUCCGAGAGGGAAGAAGAGCGGGAUACGGCCGUCAGGUUCGCCGAGGUCAUCGAGUACAUCCCGCCGACGCAGACGCCCCUGGGGACGGAGGAGCAGCAGCCCUGUCAUCCGUGCAGGACGGAACUCGGGAAGCCGACGGUCAACGAAGAAGCGGCCGGAACGGGGUCAGUUGAAGACGAUGCAAAGUCUCUGGGGGUUACAGGCGAUGACAGUCAGGGCGAGAUCGUCAAGAAGAUCUGGGGCGUUUUACGCCCAGAAGAGACGUAA